GGCAAAGGAAUUACCUUUUGCUUUGACAUCUGAGAUCGUCGACUCCAUGAUUAGGUUUUCUCUGCAUGCUCGCUCUCAGACGGACCAAGAUUCGAUAAUAUUUGACAUGUAAUGUACUGGAUUUAAGUGAUUUAUCCAAAGUGUUCAGAUCGAGGUGUUCUUGGACGCAGCAUUUCAACAAGAAAGCUACAAGAAUGUAAGGAUUAUUUAUAAACAGGCAGAAUUUGUCGAGAACGUUUGUGAACGAUUAACAAAUGGGCUGUCCCUUCCAUCGUUGUCAAGGCAACCUACACUGACUGACAGACAAACCACCCGAAGACAGACAGUUGAAGGAUUUGUAAAAGUUUAUGGAAACUUGUUUGGUCAGCUAAUGUUUGUAAUUUAAUGAAAGCCUACUAUUCCACAAAAUAAUACGCUCUGUGUAUAAUGGCGACUUCUACAAGCGUUGCACCUGAGGCAUCUGUCAGAUGUGGAGUGCGGGCAGGGAGAGAGCAUUGGACUAACAUUAAAACUGGACGUGAAAAGAGAAAUGGACCUGGGGUUCAGCAGUGGUCUGACGGAUCUAAAUAUGAAGGAGAAUUUGUGAAUGAUUUGAAGCACGGCACAGGAGUCUUCACCUGGACAAAUGGAGAGUUUUAUGAUGGCUCAUUCUACAAAGAUUAUCGUCAUGGAAAUGGGACUUAUUCCUGGCCAGCAGGCUUCAAAUUUGUUGGAAAGUUUUAUUUGAACCGGAAGGAGGGCUAUGGCAUUCAGACCUUCCCUGAUGGCACCACCUUUCAGGGGUUGUACCAUGCAGACGAGCGCUUUGGGCCAGGUGUGGUGACAUACCCAGAUGGACAUCAGGACGUGGGUCUAUGGCACCGGGAGAGGCUGCUGAGGCUGUGCACUGCUCUGGAGGGGGGCUUCACUCUCCAGGCCUUCCCAGAACACAUGGCUCAGAUCAACUGCAAGAAGGAGCCUAAGAACCAGUCCCAGAGCUCAGCCAAGGGGCCAGAGACCAAGGCCAAGCCUGGCACCAGGGAGGUUUGCAUGGACCCACUUCUCUCUCCUUACCAUGAGCUGCUGCAGGACGAACGCUUCAUCCUGCCCCCAGACAUGCACCGCUACUCCACAGACUCGGACCACCUGCCUGUGCCCUGGGGGCUGCGUAAGGAGCUGGACCUGCAAUUCUUCGGCGAGCACUGUGACAACCCAGACACUAACCCUGAUGUCUCAGCAGCUUUACCACUGCAGCAACGCAUGCAGGCUCACAUCCAUAGACACAGGUUUGAGGUGGAGGCCCUGGACUGGGACGUGGAGGCUGUUCUGUCCGAGAACCGGCAAAGGUUUGGCCCUAAGGGAUCUCUGGAGCUCAACUCAGAGGGCCUCAUCCAGGAGGCCUCGCUGGGUGACCCGCAGAGUGUCUAUCGCAUCCUACGGGAUGGUAAGAUACACCCUGAUGUUGGCGAUGCACGAGGACACACAGCACUCAUUGCAGCUACGGUCAACUGCCAUAAUGAUGUGAUCCACCUGCUCCUGGACAGCGGAGCAGAUGUGAACAAGCUCAACUGUGAGUGCAUGUCUGCUCUGGCUGUUUGUAAUGUCCUGUACUACCCAAUCCAGUCACUCCAUGAGACAGUUGCAGAGAAGGUCCCACAAAAGACCCACGCAAAAUCACAGGCUGUCAAAGCCCGGUCCCCAUCAGUGAACAGUCCUCAGAGCAGCAUAGUGGAAGCCACCAAAAACAGAGCCCAGACCACCAAACAGGCUGACCAGCCCAAUCAGGCUGACGACACUGCUCCAAAGGGCCACACCAACCAGGCUGAUAACGAGGCUAUGGACCGUGGCCAGUGUAAUGACAGUCAAGUGUCCCUUUACAAUGGCCAGGGUUAUUGUCAGGAAGAGGCUGACCAGGAUGAGGAUGAGCAGUACCUCCAGGAAUGCAGUGACCAGGCUGCCCUGGACCUAGACCGCAUGGACAUGAUGGUGGUGAGGGAAAGGCGCUCCAUCCAGGUGCUGGAUGGGAACAUCCCACUGGGCUGUGUCCCCUGGCAUGAGGGUGGUGGCUCUUAUGAUCUGACCCAGCAGCAGGAGGAGGGAGAGGCCGGGUCAGAGGAGGACCGGAGGAGGAGGGAGAGGAGAGGCAGCCUUAUGGCUGACCCAGCGUUUGACUCGACCCGCUCCCUGGCCAGCUUCCACAUCCAUGUCACAGAGGAGGUCAUGCAGAAGACGGCCGAGGCCUUAAGCCGAUCGGGCCUGGUACCACAUGCUGACACCCAGGAGACCGUCCGCAAGAUGGCCCUCAUGAAGACAGAGCACAGGGGAAGGUGGACCACCAUGAAGCUGCUACUGGACAGGGGAGCAGACCCUAACGCCUCCAGUGUGCCCAUGCCUGUCCUCUUCCUGGCCAUCAAGGCAGGCCACAUCCAAGCUGUCAGGCGUCUGCUGGAGUGUGGAGCACGCACUGAUAUGUGCCUGCCUUUAGAACAAAGGGGUUUCUACCCCCUGCACAUCGCUGCAGCUCUCCCCGGGGCAGAGGGCCCCAAAAUCACUGAGCUGCUGCUGCACGCCGUGGCAGACCCAGAUGUCACUGCCCAAGACGCUCACGAGGUGUUUAAGCUGGACAAGAACCCUGUGGAGCCCCAGGCUGGUUUUGGGAAUAAGUCUUCCACGUCGUCCGGCCCCCCGUCUCAGUUCUACAUGGCCCCCAGUGUUCCCCCAGAAGAGGGGGGCAGGACUCCUCUGCACAUGGCCUGCCAGAGAGACAAGGACUACACUAAUGCUAGGGAGGUUGUGUCACUGCUCCUCUCCCACAAGGCAAGCACCAAUCUCCUGUGGAGUGGCCACUCUCCCCUCUCUCUAGCUAUCGCUAGCGGCAACGACUUGGCUGUUGAUGAGCUGUUGGCUGGGGGUGCUGACCCCAACCUCCCCCUGACCCGCCGGGUGGGCAGUGCCCUCUGUGCCAUGACCAAUAUCAGCUACGACUGUGCGGCUCACCUCCGCAACAGAACCAAGCUGCUGGAGAAACUGAUGAAGGCUGGUGCCAACAUACUGAUGCCAGUGGUGGUUGGUGAGGGCCGCAGGUGUGCUGUGGGCACCGCUGUGGACUACGCCCACUAUGCAUUUCACCAGGACUGGCGCAUCGCCCACACCCCGUACCAUGCCCUGAACCAGAGGGAGAGAGAGGCAUACAAUGCCCGCAGACAGAUCCUCAGCGUGAUGGGAGACCUGCUGCGUCAGGCAGUCAUCAGGAUGGAGAGACAACGUGUAGAGAGGGAGCAGGGCCUGGGCAUCAGCAGUGUUAGUCCCACAGAGAAGUUUGUGUACACUGGAGCAGGAGCCACUCCUCCCUGUAACAAGGCAGCCAGAGCAAUUCUCUCUGAGGAGCAGGACAGCACAGACUCUCUCCCUCAGCAGAUAGAACAGCAGCAGAGGGCAGAGCAGAGACGGGGAAGUAAGGCAGUGAUUGUCAGGAAGCCCCUGUUUAAAUACUGCUACCAGUGUGGCCGUUCUGUGGGUGUGGUCCUGAUCGCCUGCAGCCGCUGUCACGAGGUGUUCUACUGUAGCAAGACGUGCAAGAUGAAGGCCUGGAACGACCGCCACAAGGAUGAGUGUGUCCGUGUACCAGCUAAGCCCAAAGACCCAAACAGCUCUAUGAGGAAGGCCAAAAGCAGCGAGGGCUCUCAGGAUCCAGCCACUCGGAGACGAUAUUUAGGAGCCGGGGCCAAAACCAAGACGGGCCAGCUCAACCUGGCCCAGAAACUCUCAGAGAGCCACUAUGGAAACCUGAAAGAGAACUACAGUUUCAUCUGACAGCUACACAUAGACUGAUUCUGUUAUAUUAAAGUACUUUGGGAAUGGAAUAUAUUCUCUAGAAAGAUGAAUGGAGGAGUGUGGUGAGUGGUGACUUGGUUUCAUGUGAAACUAUGCCAGAUGACUUGACAGACAUGAUAAUGUGCAGUAAGAUCAAAUGUGUAAUCAUUGGACAGCAUCCCAGUACCUUUGACUCUUGACUCUGUUACCAGAAGAAGCCAUUAGAAAUAACAGUCAGUCUCAGUCGGACAUCUUUAAAAUGUCAUCACGUUUAUAAUAGCUGACAAUUCAUGGGGGAAAACAACGACACAAUGCCGACAUAUUUUCACCUUGGCAUUGUUGCUCAAUCACAAGAA